AUGCUUAAAAGGCUAACCUUUGCAGGUUUUGCUAGUGGAUCUGACUGUGUGGACAAUCCCAAACAGGAAGCAGUGUUUGAAAGGAAACUGGCAGAGUUUGGUGUGAACACGUGCAAGGAGCUUCUCACCAACUGUGUUUACCUUGAGGAUGCCUCAGUCAGUGUGUGCGGCCUUAACCUAUAUGGGUCACCUUGGCAGCCUCCGUUCCCUAACUGGGGUUUCUACCUUCCUCGUGGUGAGGCUUGUCUGCAGAAGUGGAACCUCAUACCAGACGAUACAGACAUACUGAUCACACAUGGGCCUCCUAUAGGUCAUGGCGACGCCUCUUUUUUUCUUCGAAAUCGUGCAGGUUGUGUUGAAUUGCUGUCCACGAUUCAACAGCUUGUGCAACCCAAGUAUCAUGUGUUUGGACAUAUACACAGAGGUUAUGGCAUAACAACGGAUGACGUCACAACGUUCAUAAACGCGUCAACUUGUACGAUGCUAUUCAGGCCUAACAAUCCGCCAAUUGUGAUCGACAUUCCACUGCCCACUGGGCACAACAAGGGCGAACUGGCCUCUGUACAGCCCUGAAGGCUUAUACGACCUUUGUAGCAUUCAUAAAGUAAAAACCUCCUGUUCUUAGAGUCACCUUCUUGGCAUUGUCUCUAUCCUUUUUGAAUAAAUGCAAUAUUAUCUAUUAGAUCAGCAAAAAUGCAAUGUUUUGUGAAUGCAAAAACUGUGUAUGUUGAAAGCAAUUGUUUGAUGUUAUUAGCGAUUUAAUUCUAUGGACAUUUGCUCGUCACACAGGCACACAGUCCUCAUGUUUCCAAGUGGGUUGUGAUUGUUAUUUUCUAAGCAUGAAGGAAUAAAUCUUUGCUGAUUCAAAUUACAUAGCUGGAUUUUCGAAUGAAUGCAUAAUA